AUGAAGAUGAUUGACAAUGUCUUCAACAUAUUCAUUGUCUGUCAAAAAAAUGAUCACAUCAUUUUAAUUGUUAGUGGAAGAUUAGGUCAAAUUAUUGUUCCGAAAAUUGCUCAACUUCAACAAAUUAUUUUAAUUUAUGUUUAUUGUCAAGAUAAAAAAGCUAAUGAACAAUGGGGAAAACAAUUCUCUAAAGUAAAAGAUGUGAUUUUUCGAUUGGAUGAUUUAUUUCAUCAUAUUCAAGCUGGUCGAACACAAAUAAAGCAUCAUAAAUUUGAUGAAGAAUUACCAUUUUGUGCAUUUAAUUCGAAUAUUCUAAAUGAAGGACAAUCCUUAACUGAACUAAAUGGUCAAUUCAUACAUUUUCAACUAUUAAUUGAUUGUCUCAUUCGAAUGAAACCAUCAUUGAAUGAAAAGCAAGAAUUCAUUACCUAUUUAAAAGAAAAAUUUGAAAAAAAUUCUGAUGAAUUGAAGAUUGUAGAAGAAUUCGAACAUCACUAUUCACCUGUUCAAUCAAUAAAAUGCCUCAAACUUAAAAUAACUGACUCGUUUACUUCAAAUAACUCUUGUAAUGAUUAUAAGAAAGUUCGUUUUACCAUUGAUGCAGAUCCUCGAUUGGAAAAUACUAAAGCUUUCAACAAUAUAACUUCAUUGAGUUAUUACAAACACGAAGAAGAAAUACUUUUCAUGAUUGGAUCAAUUUUUCAAAUUAUGGAGAUGAAACGUGAUGAUAGUGGACUUUGGAAUAUUCUUUUAAGAUUAUGUUCUAAUAAUGAUAAAAACCUACAAUCACUCUUUGAAUACAUGAAACAAAAAUUAGGUAAUGAAGAAACAAAUUUGUAUAUCUUUGCAGAUGUCCUACGCGAUAUGGGUAAAUUGAGUUAUACUGAAAAAUAUUAUUGUUGUUAUCUUGAUCAAUUAUCUGCUAAUCAUCCCCAUAUUGCAGCAUGUUAUCAUGCCUUAGGAAUAGUGACAAACCAUCGAGAUGUAGCUAUGUGUCUUAAUAAUAUGGGUAAUACUUAUCAAGACGAGAAACAACACUUGAAAGCAUUAGAAUGUCAUAAAAAAGCAUUAACUAUUCGUCAGAAUCAUUUUCCUGAGCAUCAUUCUGAUAUUGAUGUAUCACACAAUAAUCUUGGUAAUAUUUAUGUUUGUCUUGAUCAACAUGAUUUGGCAUUGCAACAUUACACUUCAUCAAUCAAAAUCUAUGAGAAAUCUCUUCCUCUUUUCCAUAUUCGCUUUGGCAUGACAUAUGAGAAUAUGGGUCUCAUUUAUGAACAUCUAGAUGAUUUUGAAAAAGCACUAUCCAAUUUUAAAAAAGCAUCCGAAAUCUAUCGACGAUCAUUACCUCAUACAGAUUCCAAUGUGAUUCGGAUUAAAUAA